AACGUAACCUUCUUUCAGUUCGGCAAGCACAUUAUUUAAAGAAUUAGGAAGGCUAUAAACAAUAUGAUAUAAAAACCAGAGUUCUUGAAAAUAAUAAAUAUAUUAUAUUAGAUUUUUACAUUACAAAAUAGACGAUUAGUAAUGAAUUUACACGCUGUACAUUACUGGCGUCUAUCGUGCCUUGAUUCCUUCAGACAUAAAGUGAUGAGAUCUGAAUCUGACCCCUUGAUUGUAAUACUCCAUUAACAAUCAAAAUGACAGACUACAAGAAAAAACUUGAAGACAAACAAUUUCAGAAUUGGCUGAAAGUAGCACUCUCUGUGAGUAUAGCAAGGAAAGGGGUUAUGGAAUUUGUGAUGAACUCUAUUGUAAAAUUUCACAAUGAUGUAUUAAAGGAUAUUCUUACCACUGAACAAAUUCAGAGUAAAAUGUAUUGUACAACAUGUACUACUGACAAUAUUGUGCCAGUACAAAACUGGAGUCAUUUCAGACGAAAAAAUCUACCUUCAUGUCCAAACCAUAUUUGUGACAAACUUAGAGAAAAGAUCUUUCUGUAUCACGCACAUGAUACCCCAUCCUGGAAAAAUACAUGUGCCACAAGAUGGUGUGACUCAGCUUGGGAGGUUGCAAAGUGUUUUCUGCCCCCAGAUGGCUAUAUGACAACAGAUGCAAUAGAAAAUACAGACCUGAACGGAAUCCUUAGCAUCAUAUUGAAUUUUAUGCCAUUAAAGACUACAUUUGACGAAAAUUCGUGUGAACAGGCACGAGAUGUGACAAGAAAAGUGAGGCAUUCAUCAGAUCUGGCGUUCACGAAAGAGGAAUCUAAUGAAUAUAUCGACACCCUAAUAAAGUUUCUCUCAAGCACAAAAGCUUUAGAAGAAAAUAAGACAACAAAAGAAGCAGCUGAAAAUAUCAAGAAGCUUAAAAUCGAUGCGCUUGAACUAACAACAGAUGACGUCAGAAAUAUUCUGAACGAACAACUACAGAACAGCUUAAGCGAGACCAGAAAUCAAUGUAUUGAAGAAAUCGUCAAAGUGAUGAGCCAGUUACAAACAACCAAAGCUGAUAGCAUUGGAGAGAUUUUGACCGCGAAGGAUAAGGCAUUAUCUGAAAUAAAUAUUGCGAGAAUAUCAUCCCUCGAAGAAAUGAAGCAUCAUGCAGAUGAAAUUACGACAGAUACACUGAAAAGAAGACUCAAGGAGGAUCUUUUAACGUUCAACUGGACUCACCAUACUACAAUCCCGCUAUCACCAUUAUUCGAAAAAAGAGAUACUCCACUUGAAAGUUUCUAUGUUGAACCAGAAUUGAACGCGGUUGAAUAUCCACUGGCUAAAUCACGACGGUCAGACGUCAAAACAACAAUAUCUUCACUGCAUGAUGUUUUCAAUAUAAAGCGAUGUAAUGAGCUGUAUAUAACGUCAAAAGCAGGUAUGGGUAAGACUGCAUUUUGUAAACGCUUAGCUUUCACAUGGUGUCAGGCUCACGAACCGCGCAAAUUGGAAGGCAACUUUAUAUUUGACAAAGAUCUUGAAACUAUGUGUCAGUUCGAUUUUCUUUUUCUGAUUUCACUGAGAGACUGCCGUCCCCAGUCCUUUUGCGAAAUUGAUGACAUGAUUCAAGCUCAUGUUCUUAGCAACCUGUCUAGGGCGAAGCGUUACACAAUGGAUGUCCUUCAAGAAAUACUCACACAGGACAGAUGUCUGAUAAUAUUAGAUGGUCUCGACGAGUGGUCUCAUCCUAAAGAAAAGAAAUGUAAAACUGAGAAUGAUAUUCCACACAGAAAAGCUCGAACUCAUUGCACGAUCCUUACAACUACGAGAACUUGGAAGUUUUGUUCACUUUCCUUAAGUUCACACCAAAUUGAUCUGCAUGUACAAAUACUAGGAUUAAACUAUGCGGCUGUGCAGCAGCUGAUUACUUAUACGAAUAGUCAAUUAAGCCAAGAUGACACGGAAGAGACUAAAAGCGAUACUGGUGACUUUAACACAAAGUUAAAUGACAAAUGCAUCGACAGGUUGAAAGAGAUACCUAUGAUAUUGAUAUUUCUUAUUUGUCUCUGGCGUAAAAAGGGAACGAUUGGGGAAACGUUUUGCCACAUUUAUACAAAUAUCACUGAACUACUAUUGCAUCGUGCUGAAAUUAAAUCUACAAAAACUGGAAUUUCACUUCCAGUUGUUGAAGGAAAGCCAGUUGAGAAACCUCAUCUUUUCCAACUCAAUGAUUAUUGCGAAAAGUAUUAUGAGUUAUUGACGUCGUUGGGACAUCUGGCCUUUUAUACCUUCUUCGACAAAAAUAGAGAAUGUUCAUUGGUAUUCAAUGUUGAAUUUGCAAAACAAAUUCUUGGGCAAUAUUUUGAUUUUUGUCUAUCAGCGGGAUUUUUGACACAAAAUAGGACCCAAAAAGAGCCUUUGCAAGAGAACCUGGCGAAAGUUUCAUUUUAUCACAAGACAUUUCACGAAUAUUUUGCAGCGCUCUACUUGUUUGGAGUAGAAACGUCCUUCACAGGAAUAGAAGAGAUUAAAAGAAUAUGUCGUUCUGUCGACGACAUCCUUUCCGUUUCAAACUUCUACAUUUUCUUGUGUGGACUUUCUCCCCAAAUGGCGGAACAAUUAUCCCACACGUUCAGCAAGGUUAUUGCCAACUCGUGCACAGUAAUAGGCUACAGAAGCGAUAUGGGUUCGUGGAAUUAUUUUGUAGGUUACAAUGAAACAAUAAAAAAACUUCAGACAGUAUUUGUAGACUGCUCUAUUGAAAGUAUGGACAACAAUCACGAUAUGAUCGAGUUCAGGAUAGAAGACUUCAUCAUUGACGAUGACUUCCAGAGACCACGCUAUUCAGAAAUUGUAACAGCGCUGAUGGAAAAGAAUAAAAAGUGGCUAAAGUCAAUCAAAAUCAGAAACGUGAAACUGGCUAGCGAAUUUAGCAGUAUAGUUCAGCUUCUCGGAGUAAAUGAAGCAACUCCCCUUGAAAAGAUUGAUCUUAAAUGUGAACUGGAUGAUAAAAAUCUUGAAUGUCUUUUACAAGGUGCAAAGAACACAUUGAAAUGUUUCAUUGUAAAGGGUGGUAGAUGGUUAGGUAUCCGAUGGAGUCAUGAUCACAUAAAACUUUCAAAUAAGAGCCUUCAAGCUAUUUGUAAUAUGCCAUAUUUGGAAGAGUUGUAUCUCAGAAACAUUGUUAUGACACAUAAUCAGUUCUCGUGUCUUUCCAAUUACGUCUCACAGAAAUCAACAAUGAAGCACAUAGGACUUGGAUUUAUUCGGUGUUCUAAGCAUGGUGAACAUUGUACGGCAGGAAAACUAGACUUGUCCAAACAUUCACAACUUGAAAUGCUAGAAAUCGGCUUUUUGCCUAUUUCGGAAGUGAAAAUAAAUACAACCUCAUUAGAAGUUUGUUAUGUCGGUAAUUUCCAAAGAAGUAGUAUUCUGACGACGAUAUUCGAAACAUUGCCUUAUGCACCGAAAUUGCAUGUUUUUUGCUGUGGAUUUCUCACUAGACAAACUGAUACAGAAAAAAUGUUACAUACCAUACCGCUGUUAAAAAACUUGAAACACAUUUGGUUGAUAAAUAUGGAUCUCGGAAACCACGACUUCAAGUUUUGUUCAGAGUUGGGCACAAUUGAAAACGUUUCAAUGAUUAGAAUACAAAUGGGCUCUCUUACUUUCAGGACAUUGAUAAAGAACGUUGCAAACGUGCACAAAGCAGUGCUCGUGGGUUUAUAUGAUUUUGAGGUGAAUCCAAUGAACGAUUUCGAGCGCGAAAAGUGUGCACUUAAAACGUGCAAGACAGUUCACGUGAUCCAGGAUGACCCCAUAAGAAAGGAGUUCGUAGUUAGAAAGUUUAUGAAGUGAACAUGAACCCUUUCUCGGUGUAUUUGGUGCAAUGGAAAAGUUGCCCGAGUUAAGCAUUUAUGACUAUAAAAUGAUGUAUGCCUAUUCGAGCGGCGAAGAUGAACGAGAUUUGUUUUGUCAGUUACCUAAAAUAUUUUCACUUAAUGAGUAUAUUGUUUACUUGCAGGAAUGAAAAUACAACUCAAAUGGAAUAGAUAAGUAACAGUAACAGUUACUUUAUAUCCUUUCCGUAGCUGUAACGCCCUAAAACGUAUAAGCCUCUGAUGGCCCUUUCACGCUUCCGUAGAAUCAACAUUUAUAAUAGGAAAUUCAUUUUGAAAAUAUUGCUGAAAUGCCCAGGUCUGCAGCUCUCAAAUAUGUCCACGCGCAUACAUUUAGGGGUGCCUGUGCGUGAACCCUGACUAUAGACCAAUGCAAAUGCGACUUUUGUUUUCAAGUUUAGCCUGUGUACUUCCAUUUUCUUUACUUCCAGGAAAAGCUGAAGGUCGUCUGACGUCAUUUUCUGUGUUGUCAGAAAACACGUAUGCCUGGCGAGAUUGUAUAAAUAUUUGCCGGCCCUCCUAAGGAUAUAUCAAAAUUAUAUUUUAUUGUACUGAAUAUCUAUACUUUUAAAUCAGACUAUGCAGCAGUUUGUCAGGUUAUCAUAUAACAUUUGGACUAUUAUGUUUUAAAUGGCCAAAGAUAAAGCGAAAUAGACAAGCAAAUAUGCAGGGGUUUUUUUUGUAGAAGGUGUCAUUCGUCGCCAGGAUUUUUUGAAGGUUAAUCUUUUGGAAUAUUUAUAGUACAAUUAUGUUUUAUAUAAUUUAUAUACAAUUAUGUACGUAAGAAUAGGUAACCAUCGUUUACGAAAUCUAAGCAGCCUUUUUCAUAAUUUUGGAGAAAUACGAAAUACUCUUUGGUCACGUCACUAGCAGUAUGUUAUGUUUUUUUUGUCAAUGAUAUACAUGUAAAUAAGUUGCGUAGGAUAUUGAUCACACAAAUUGAUAAAUGUACAUAAUGUAUGCUAAAAUACAUAAGGAUGAAACAGUUGUACAGUUUGCUACAAAAAUAAAUCGUUAUUAGUAAAACGUUUUUAUUUUCGUUCAGUGGGUUCACUGAGUCUACUUAUAUGUUGUUAUAUGUCAGAAAAAUGUAAGUAGUUUCCAUAGUAACAAAUAUGCAACGUUAGUUUUAAAAUACAUAUUUGGUAAAUUGAUAAGUGAUUUAGUGUGAUUUAGUGUAAAGAGCCUCUUUUCUGUGAACUUCUUAUCUUAAGACUGACUAAAGAUUGUUUUUCGUUUACUGAUUUCUGUAUGUUCAAUAAGCUUGUUGGUGUUUAUUUGUCGACUUUUCAAACUAGACCUUUUUAUAUUUUAAAUAUCUCCUAAAUAAUAAACUCGAUGAAACAUUG